AUGGCGGACACAACGCUCCAGCCGCUGUUCAAAGAGGCGGUGCAUUCAGAGGAGGUUUUGGCGCCAGAGGUCGAGGCCUUGGACGCGGUGGUCGAGGCGGCCGCGGAGGCAGAGGACGGGAAGAUCAAGUCGUUGGAGGAGAUCUACCGCUUUUCGCUGCCCAUCGAGGAGUUGGAGAUAAUCGACUUCUUCAUCGAAGCAGACCCGAGCGGUCAGAGGACCCGUUUUAAGGCGUUUGUGGCGAUCGGCGACUACAACGGACACGUGUGGGGCGGGCGUGAAGUGGUCGCCACUGCCAUCGGGGGCGCCAUCAUUCUCGCCAAACUGUCCGUCAUUCCCGUCCGCAGAGGCUAUUGGGGUAACAAAAUAGGAAAACCGCAUACCGUUCCCCGUAAGGUGACCGGAAAGUGUGGUUCCGUUUUGGUGCGUCUCAUCCCUGCGCCAGAGACCUACUCAUACCUGGCCCCUGACUCGUGGCCCGAAUCGCCACUCAAUAAGUCCCCGCAUCAGGAAUAUCACGACUACCUGUCCAUCAAUACUGGCGCUCAGGCUUUGGGUUCAAUCCAUGAGUGA